AUGCACACCCAUUGCCCAGCCCAGGCUGGGAGCUGCUGUGGGCAUUGCAGAGGGUGGGCAGGGCCUGGAUAGGGGGUGCGUCAGGGAGACACAGGGGAAGAGGAAGUGUCUUGGGCCCUGGGGAAGACUGCCUUGUCUCAGUAGGUGGGGGCAGUCAUUUGUCGGCUUUCUGGACACACAGACGGAGACAGACAGGAUGGAUUUCCUCCGGCUACAUCUCCCUGGGCUGCAUCAGGCCUUGCGGGGAGCGCUGGAUUCCCUCAGCUCCUUUGUCUCCUACCUUAUGGGAGAUGAAGUCCCUACUGCAGACAGGAAGGAGGAGAGGGCAGCCGAGGAACUGGGGGAGGUGGCUGCGGGAAGGCAAGGGAAACCUGAAAAGAAGGAAGCCCAGGAGGCCCUGGAGGGCCUUGGAGGCAGCCAAAGCCAGGAGGAUGGAGGGCUGAGAGGGCCCAGAGAAGCUGGAAGAUGCCAGGAGGGAAGUUCAGCUACAGAACAGACCUGGGCUUGGGAAGAAGGCAGCUCCCACAGGUCUCAGGCAGAGAGGCAAGACACUGGGGUCCAGGAGGCAGCCAAGGCCGCCAGGUGCCAGGAGCCAAGGGCCCACUUAGAGGCCAGAAAGGAGUCCGAGGCAGGGUCUGAGGCUGGUCGAGACAACAGCAGCCAAGCCCAGGAGAGUCAAGGGCCCAGUGAGCAGGAAGUGAAGAGAGAGGAGACACUAAGAACCUGGGAACAGGAGGAGGAGGCGGAAGAGGUCAGGGAAAGAAAACCAGAGGUGGCCAGAAAGGCGGAGUCAGAGUGGACCUGGCACAGGGAGCCUGAGGGGGUGGUAGGUGCCAAUGGGCAAAAGGUAGCAGGGGACAGCAGGGAGUCACUAGAACCGGUCAAGGAGGCAAUUGCUGAGGAGAUCCACGGGUCUGCAGCCAAACAGGCCGGGCAGGAAGAAGAGCUGAUGGUGGUCCUAAGGGGUAGUGAAGGCCCAAGGGCACAGGAAGCACAGGAGUCGGGGACAGAAUGUGAGGACAGGACAACCUCAGUCAGGGAGGAGGACUGGACAGCCUCAGGCAGGGAGGAGGAUGGGACAACCUCAGGCAGGGAGGAGGAUGAGGAUGGGACAGCCUCAGGCAGGGAGGAGGAUGGCCCAGCCUCAGACAGUGAGGAGGACAGGACAGCUUCAGGCAGGGAGGAGGACAGCACAGCUUUAGAAAGGGAGGAGGACUGGACAGCCUCAGGCAGGGAGGAGGACAGGACAGCCUCAGGCAGGGAGGAGGACAGGACAGCCUCAGGCAGGGAGGAGGAUGGCCCAGCCUCAGACAGUGGGGAAGACAGGACCGCUUCAGGCAGGGAGGAAGACUGGACAGCCUCAGGCAGGGAGGAAGACUGGACAGCCUCAGGCAAGGAGGAGGACGGGACAGCCUCAGGCAGGGAGGAGGAUGGGACAACCUCAGGCAGUGGGGAGGACAGAACAGCUUCAGGCAGGGAGGAGGACAGCACAGCUUUAGAAAGGGAGGAGGACUGGACAACCUCAGGCAGAGAGGAGGACGGGACAGCCUCAGGCAGGGAGGAGAAUGGGACAGCCUCAGGUAGGGAGGAGGAGAAUAGAACAGCCUCAGGCAGCGAGGAGGCUGGGAUAACUUUAGGUAGGGUAGAGGCCAGGACAACCUCAGUUGGAAAAGAGGGUGACCUCUCAGAAGCCAGGAUGACAGAAUAUGGGGAAGUCUCAGGAGAAAAGACCUCAGAGGGCACUCGGAAGACCUGGGCAUUUGAGGAGGCCUCCAGGGGAGAGCAGGAGGAGGAGGUGGAUGAGAAUAGAGAGGCUGAGAUGAGCUUUCCCCCCAGACAGACCCGGGUCCUGGGAACCGAGAGUGCAGAAGAGCCAGCUAAGGAGCAGAGAGCAGGGGCGGAGGCUGAAGAAGGCCAGGGCUCAGAGGAGGAGGUAAGGGAGGGCUUUGAGGUCCAGGAAGAUCAGGGAGGGAAAGAGGCUGAGGGGAAGCAAACCUCAGCGAUCAGGACUGUUCCAGCCCGUCUGGAGGAGGAGGUGGCGGCAGAAAAGGCCAAAGAGGAGGAAGAGGGUUGCCGGGUCUCAGAGGCUGAGUUGCCCAAGGACAACUUGGCAAAUGAGCCUGAAGAGGAUGCUGACCUCGAAGUGACCCCAGAGGCCAGCAGUCCUGAGAAGGAGUCCAGCCAGGAGAGGAGUGAUGGGGAGGCUCAGACAGGUGGAGAAGCACAGGGGUGUAGUGGGGCGGGGUGGGGUGACCUUGAGCAUGAAGUCACGGAAGGCCGGGAACCUGAGCUGGUGGCAGGCUCCCAGACCCUGGUGGAGCAGCCGGAGGAAGAGCUCUGGGGCGCUUUGGCCCUGAGCAAAGAGGAGACGGGAGGGAGCCCGGAGGAAUAUCCCAGGAACAUGGGAGGCCUGGUUGGGGCAGAGGCCUGGGAGAACCAGAGAAGGGAUGUAGAAAGAGGGGAUACCGGGGAGGAAAAAGCAGAUGCAGAAGAGGGGGAGGUUGCAGGAGGCCAGGCACUGGAGGAGGCCGAGGGAGGCCAAGAGUCUACGUUCCCAGAUGUCCCGGAGGCAGACGGGAGGUGGAAGAAAGCCCAAGAAAUAGGAGCAGAGGAGGGAGAGACCCUUGGAACAGAGAGCCAGGAGCUGGGUGGAAGACAUGGGGCAGACGCAGGGACAGGUCAGUCCCUGGGAGAGUCAGAUGGCGGAGAAACCAAGGAUGAGGAGGUGGAGGCCGCGGUGCCCUGGGGGGCAGACCCAACACCCAGCGGAGAUGGGAGGCUAGAGGAGGCCACUCUGAGCCUCCAGGACAGCGAGGACCCAGGGGCCAGUUCUUUGGCAGCUGAGAUAGCAAGGGAUGAUGUAGCUCUGGACGGAAGGGCAGCUGGGGUGGAGGGAGGGCCCGCAAGAGAGGCUGGGGAAGCCUGGGGCUCAGAAGGGAGGCAGGAGGCUCGGGGAGGAGUGGAGCUGAUGGAAGUUACAUGGGGAGAAAACCGAGGCUGGCUGGGAUUUGGCUCAGAGGGCUCAGCAGACGAGGAGGCGGCUGGCAGAGGGGCCCAGGCAGAGGCUUUGGAGGCCAGAGAGGGCGAGCCCAGGGGAGAGUGGGUGGAGGUCAGGGAGCCUGCAGUGGAGGGAGGAAGCUGUGGGAUGGAUGGCUUUACCUCGGGCUCCCAGGUGGUGAGGGCAGAGGGGACCAAGGCCACAAGGGAAGCCGAGGGGCUCCCGGAAGGACAGACGCUGUUGAAAGAAGAGGCUGUGGGAUGGCAAAUGAAGGAGCAGGGGCAAGACAGUGAGGGGCGAUGUGGGGACCACCGACCCGAGGAAAAGGCAGGAAGACCUCUUGAUGUGGAGAAUGCUGAGGAGACUGAAGACCGGAGAGCAGAGGCCGAGGAUAUUGUUCCAGAAGGCCUGGAGGACGUCCAGGGCCAGGAGGACCAGUCAACAAGCCAGGAGCCUGCAGAGGCUGAGCUUGGGCCCCACAGGGAGACGGGGGAGACGGCAGGAAGUGCUGGAGGGGGUGCUUGCGGCCUCUGGAGUGAGGCCCUGCUCCCUGGGGCUCUCCUGGACAUCUCUGCCCCCCGGAGCCGGGUCCUCCUGUCUCGCAACUCCUCGCUGCGCCGCUCCCGGCCCUCUUUCCGACGGACCCGUGCGCCUGAGCGGCAAGAGGUGCCUCCCAGCCCCCCACCAGAGGAACAGCUGUCAGCCCCGGAGCAGAGACUUCUCCAAGCAGAGGAGCCCCCAGAACCCAGACCCCCAAAACCCGAAGGGACCCCACUGCCAGCCAGGAGAAGGCCCCUGGGACGUGGGUUUGGCCUUGCACACAUGGGUAUGAUGCAGGAAUUGCAAGCCCGCCUGGGCCAGCCAAAGCCGCAGUGAGGGGCCCCUGAGCCCCCCGGGAGCCUGGCCCCGCGUCACCUCUCUCCAUCUGCCACUCUGGACAUGC